AUGGCCUCCUCUCCCUCCAGAAUGCUGUCCGCCUGUUCUUGUUCGCGAACUCUGACAACUGACAAGUCAUUUUGGUCCGCGUCUACGACUAUACCUUCGAUCGCAUCAGUCCGUGCAAGCACUCCAAGCCUCGUUUCCUCCGUAGCUACUUCGUCCGCUUCUUCACGCCAAGCGACACCCGGUCUCGCAUCCGCUGCACCCUUCCACUCUUCCGUCCAGUCCCACGCCAAGUCGGACACCAGUGGACUCGAUCUCCCCCACCUCAAUUCGCUUCUUGACAAGCUAGCCCGCCCUGCCUCGCUCUCGUCGGCGUCGACUGCCGAGGCCUUUGCAUCACCUCUCGCUUCGUCUUCAGCUCUCCCUUUGACUCCUCGCCUUCGCGGCAAAGGUGCUCUUCGCGAACCCGUCUACGUCCGUUCCGAACGCAAGGCUCAAUUCAACUCUCUUCUCGACACGUUUCAUCGUGCCACUAUCUGCGACUUUGAGCCGAGCUAUCUUCUUUCGGCCUCUGAUCUCGCCCACGAAUUCGACCGACAAGGCAACUUCGCAUCGCCCGUACAGCCUAACGACGUACUUCGUGGCGUAGCCAGCAGCAUGUCUGAGCCCGUCGUUCAACAACCUGCCCAGUCCGGCUCGCUUCCCAGCGCCGAGAACCCGGGAAAACUGGUCAAGGCAUCCGGCAUUGCCGAACCAUACCAAGAUGCCAUCAAGGAGGCCAUCCAGGCGCGCAUCGACCAGGGCAAGUCGAGGCCCAAGCUUGUCGGCAUCCUCGCUACUCCCAGUCCGCCGAGCGUAGCCUACGCCGAGUGGACACGCAAGGCGUGCGAGGCAGUCGGCAUCGAGUUUGAAAUCUGGAAGACGUGGGACGAUUCGGUGGAGGUCAAGGAGGAGGAUCACAAAGGCUCGGCGCCCGACUUUGAUCUCGAGGCCGACGUCGAGGACCUCAUCAUCGCGGCCAACGCCGACGAGAAGGUGCACGGUAUCAUGGUGUACUACCCCAUCUUCUUUGGUCGUCAGGACACGUACCUUCAGCAGAUCGUCGACCCGCGAAAGGACGUCGAGGGUCUCCACUUUAGCUACUGUUGGAACAUGUACCAUAACGUGCGAUGGAUCUCGCCUGCCAAGCUCGGCAACGCGCCCGGUACCACGCGCGAGCUUCCCGAGGAGCGCGCCAGCCGUGAAGCGCUCGAUGGCGAGCAGGUGCCCCCCGGUAUGGCCAAGUCGAUCCUGCCUUGCACACCGCUGGCCAUGGUCAAAUGUCUCGAGGCGAUCGGCGUGUAUGACCGCGAGCUUCCCUACGGCGAUCGCCUGUACGGCAAGACGAUCACCGUGAUCAACCGAUCCGAGGUGGUCGGGCGCCCUCUCGCAGCAUUGCUCUCCAACGACGGUGCCAAGGUGUACUCGGUCGACAUUGACUCGAUCCAAGAGUUCAACAAGCGCGCCGCCGAAUCAUCGUCUGCACCUCAGGGCCGAGCACGAUCCGAGAUGGUCAAGAAGGCACGUACUCAGAACACGGCUUCGCAGCUCCGCCCACACCACGUCGUGCGCACCACCAGCAUGACGGCCGAAGAGUGCAUUCGCGCCUCGGACGUGGUGAUUGCCGGUGUGCCCUCGGCCAACUACAAGGUCGAGACCGAGUGGAUCAAGCCAGGAGCCGUGUGCGUCAACUUUUCCAGCGAGAAGAACUUCAAGCCGGACGUGAGGACGCGAGCCUCGAUGUACCUGCCAGCGAUCGGCAAGACGACGAUUGCGAUGUUGCAGCGAAACUUGCUCCGACUGGUCGAGUACCGCGAGCUUUCUGAAGGCUCGUCGAAGUAG